AUGGACGUAGACUUGCUUCUGUUCCAGUUUCAGAGAAGAUGGUGGCCGCUGUGCUCGCCUUUCUCACCACAAGUAAACAUGUUCAACCUGUUGAGCAACUGCUGCACCUGGGUCUCCAAAAUACAGGAGCCAAUCAGGAAAGCGACCAUCCUGGUGGUUGGUCUUGACAAAGCAGGAAAAACCUCCUCCAUCAGAGGGAUGCUAAGAGUUCCUCAUGGUGUGGAAGCAGGACCCACUCAGGGCUGCGUCAGACAUGAGCUCAGAGUGGAGAACUACCUGGUCAACCUGCUGGAUGUUGGAGGAUCAGCGGAGUCUAGAGGAAUCUGGAGGGAGCUCUACGGGGAGGCCCAUGGGAUCGUCUUUGUGGUGGACUCCAGUGACAGACAGAGGAUAAAGGAGGUCAAAGAGGUCCUUGCUGAGCUGCUGAAGCAACCAAGAGUGGCAGGAAAACCUCUAUUAGUGUUGGCUAAUAAACAGGAUAAAAUGAAUGCUUUCCUGGGAAGUGAGCUGAUUGAGAUUCUGUCUCUGGAGAAUCUGGUCAACCAGAGCCGCUCUCUCUGCCAUAUUGAGCCUUGCUCAGCCUUAAUGGACUUGAGACGCUGGUCGGACAGAAAGGCGCUACGAGGCCUUCGCUGGCUGCUGCGUGCUGUAUGUCUGGAUUACCCAGAGCUGUGUACUCGUGUAGCCCAGGACAGCAAGAGGCCUCUGGAACCAAGAGAGAGAGAGAAGAACUGGAAAACGGAGAAAAAUCGCAGGAAACGGGGGGAACGAUUGCGAUCCAGCAAGUCCGAUCUUCGCCAAGUUCAUCGUCCAAGAGAGAGGGAGAAAAAUACUAAGGGUGAAGGAAAGCUGCAACCCAUUCGGAGCAUGCUGCAAAAGGACACAUCUCUGAAAAAGAAGCUGACCACAAAAAAGAAAAAGAAGCCAGUUAAAGGGAAAGAAAAAGGAAAAAAUAAAGAAGCAGAAGACGAGCAGGAGGAAGAGGAGGGUGACAGCAAUGAAGGAGAGCAAGAAAACCUUGGUCACAGAGAGAAAGCAAACAGUGCCCUGAUCCCUCCAAAAAAAGACAAACCGAAACGCAAACCAAAGGCGAAGGAGGAAACUCUGGAUGUGCCAGAAUCACCUGAGAACGAAGAGAAGCCGCUCAAAGCCAAAGGGGAAAAGAGGAGAAAGAAGAAGGUUGUCAAAGUGAAGAGGAAAAACAAGAUCAACACAGAGGAGAUGUCAGAAGCUUACUCCCAACCAGUGGACCUGUCUGCUACCUUUGAUCUUUACCGAAAAGCAAUAAUGGCUCUGAAGGAACGUCAGGAUCAGGGACAGGGCGAGUGA